AUGAAAUAUUUUCCAAUAUCGCUCAUUUCCCGGAAUUCUUUGCGGGCUCUUAGAAUUUUGGUCAUCACUAUGGCCAUUACUGGCCUAAUAUACCAGUUUUCAUUCAACAUAUUUUCUCCUUAUAAACUUCCUUACUCUAUACAAGACUUGUCUUCUUUAGAAAUCCUCUCACAUUCACAGGGUAAUUCAGACAUUAAAACAAUAGAUCAACCUUACCAACGAGCAAAUGCGACAUUUGUCACUCUUGCACAAAAUAAAGACCUUUACAGUUUAAUGGAAGCUAUCCAAUCUGUCGAAAACAGCUUCAACAAAAAAUACAAAUAUGAUUGGGUUUUCUUCAACGACAAUGAAUUCUCACCAGAGUUUAAAGAAAUAAUUUCAAAUCAAGUCUCUGGUAAUGCCUCCUUUCACAUUAUUGGGAAAGAGUAUUGGGGAUAUCCAGAUUGGAUUGACCUUGAAAAGGCCAAAAAGGGUAGAGAAGAAAUGGCUGCAGCAAAAAUCGUCUACGGUGGCUCCGAAUCUUAUCGCCACAUGUGUCGCUUUGAAUCAGGAUUUUUCUAUCGCCACCCUGCCCUCAACAACUACAAAUAUUACUGGCGUGUUGAACCAGGUGUCAAAUACACCUGUCUUGCAGACAAAGAUUACUUCAAAUAUAUGGAAGAUAAUGACCUCACUUAUGGAUUCACAUUAUCUCUCAUUGAAUUUAGACGAAGUAUCCCCACACUAUGGAAUACUACUCUUGAUUUCAUCCACCAAAACCCACAAUACAUUCAUAAAAAUAAUUUGGUUGAGUUCAUUACUGAAGCCAAUAUGACAGAAUACAACUUAUGUCACUUUUGGUCAAACUUUGAAAUUGCUGAUCUGGACUUUUAUCGUAGUGAAGCCUAUUCAAAAUACUUUGACUAUUUGGAUAGCCAGGGCGGAUUUUUCUACGAGCGUUGGGGAGAUGCACCAGUUCAUUCCAUUGCAGUUUCUCUUUUCCUCAAUAAAACAAAAAUCCAUCAUUUCGACAAUAUUGGAUAUGAGCAUCCACCAUUUCAAUCAUGUCCUUCGUCUAAAAAGACUCGUUUGGAAAACAAGUGUUUUUGUAACCCUCGGAAAAGUUUUACAUGGACAUAUAAAUCAUGUGUAGCCAAGUAUUAUGAAGCCCAAGGGUUGCCAAGGCCACCUUUUGAAAAGGACACUCAAAAGGUACUAAUGAAUAAUGAAUAA